CCAUGGGCAAUGAGCGGGUGGAUCAGCGAACCUGCCUGAUCUGCGGAGAUAGAGCUACGGGGCUGCACUAUGGGAUCAUCUCCUGUGAGGGCUGCAAGGGGUUCUUCAAAAGGAGCAUCUGCAACAAGCGGGUUUACAGAUGCAGUCGAGACAAGAACUGCGUCAUGUCACGCAAACAGCGCAACAGAUGCCAGUACUGCCGGCUGCUCAAAUGCCUCCAGAUGGGGAUGAACCGAAAAGCAAUCAGAGAGGAUGGCAUGCCAGGAGGCAGAAACAAAAGCAUCGGACCUGUCCAGAUAUCAGAAGAAGAGAUUGAGAGAAUUAUGUCUGGGCAAGAAUUUGAGGGAGAGGCAAACAUGUCAUGGAGCAACAAUGGAGACAGUGACCAUAGUUCCCCUGGAAAUGGAGUUUCUGAGAGCAACCAGCCUUCACCCGUUUCUACUCCAUCUUCAAGGUCCGUGGAGCUGAAUGGAUUCGCUGCACUCAGGGAUCAGUAUAUCGGGACGCCGGUGUCCACGCACUAUCAGUACCUCCCGCACCUUUUUAGCUAUUCUGCGCACUCGGCUCUGAUGCCCCCCCAAACGCGCAGCCUGGACCCCCAGUCGCACAGUCUUAUCAAUCAGUUAGUGUCAGCGGAGGACCUGGAGCCGCUCGGCACGCCGAUGCUCAUUGAGGACGGGUAUAAAGUGACUCAGGCAGAGCUGUUCGCGUUGUUGUGUCGUCUGGCGGAUGAACUGCUUUUCCGGCAGAUUGCUUGGAUCAAGAAGCUGCCGUUCUUCUGCGAACUCUCCAUCAAGGACUAUACCUGCCUGCUCAGCUCUACGUGGCAGGAGCUGAUCCUGCUCUCCUCGCUGACUGUUUACAGCAAGCAGAUCUUUGGUGACCUUGCAGACGUCACCUCCAAGUACUCUCCCUCUGACGACGAGCUGCACAGAUUCAGUGAAGAGGGGAUGGAGGUGAUGGAGCGGUUGAUCUACCUCUUUCGCAAAUUUAACCAGUUGAAGGUCAGCAAUGAGGAGUACGCGUGUAUGAAAGCCAUUAACUUCCUAAAUCAAGACAUCAGGGGUCUGACUAAUGCGUCCCAACUGGAGCAGCUGAAUAAGCGGUACUGGUAUGUUUGCCAGGACUUCACGGAGUACAAAUACCCACACCAGCCAAACCGUUUUCCGGAUUUAAUGAUGUGUUUGCCAGAGAUACGAUAUAUUGCAGGAAAAAUGGUGAAUGUCCCCCUGGAGCAGCUGCCUCUCCUUUUUAAGGCCGUUCUACAUUCCUGCAAGACGAGCGUGAGCAAAGAGUGA